UGUCCGAAAAACCCGAUGGCCGACAAACAUUGAGCUGCGACGCGAUCGGACGAGGUGGAGGUCGCCGCGCUCCCACACCCGCGGUUUUUUUGUAAUAAUUCCACAGAAAGUAGCCGUUAAAACGCUCCCAAUUGUGUUAGAUAUAGCGGAGGAGGCGCGUGAGGAUGCCGUCAGACGUGGAGGAGGCGGAGUACCAAGAUGAAGAGGAGGAACAGGGAGAUGGUGAUGAGGGAGAGGAGGAACCAGGAGACUCAAAUGAAGAGGAGCAGGAUGAAGAAUGGGGCGGAGGGAAGCGUAAACGAAAGAAAAGCAAGAAGAGAAAGUCGUCCCGAAGUGAACGUGCACGAAAGAAACGAAAGAAGAAGGAUGAGAGUGAAAGUGAAGGAGAAUUUGAUGAGGAUGGUGCCAGAGUUGACUCUGAUUACCAAGAGGAAACCCAGAGAGGUAGGGGAAGAGGAAAGGGUCGGGGGCGUCCCCCUGCCACUCCAGUGCCAGCAGCAUCACAAGAGUCAGGUGGUGGUGACCAGAUGCCAACAGUGGCAGAGGUUUGUGAAAGCUUUGGCCUCAAUGACGUUGAGCUGGAGUACACUGAAAAUGACUACCAGACCUUAACCACGUACAAGCUUUUCCAGCAACAUGUGCGACCUUUGUUGGCCAAGGAAAAUCCCAGGGUACCUGUGUCUAAGCUUAUGAUGUUAGUAGCUGCAAAGUGGAGAGAAUUUACUGCACGAGGUCAGGAGGAAGAGGAGGAGGAGGAAGAUGAAGAUGAAGAGGAGGUUGUUGAAGAUGAAGAACCGGAACCAGAACCUGUUCAGGUAACCCCAAAGGGUAGGGGACGUCCCCGAAAGUCUAAAGUAGAUGAUGAUGCUGAAGAAGAGUUUGAUGAUGACAGUGAAGGUGCAGGUAAGAAGAAACGAGGUCGUAAACGCACUGCUACUGGAGAUAGUAAGACCAAAAAGGGUGGCAAAGUACCUACCUUGAAGAUUAAAUUAGGAAAGCGGAAGAAGGACACCUCGGUGAGUCUGGUUCAAGACAGGGGGUUGAACAAAAACUAUGAGCCGGUCCAGCAGGAACACACGAACGAGGAUGACUCUAGUCAGGACAGUGAUGCAGAGUUUGAACAAAUGCUUGCCGAAGCUGAAGAUAUGAACAAGGCUGAGGAUGAAGCCGAAUUGGCAACAGGAUCUAAAAAGAAAGCCAAGGCCAAGAUUGGAAGUAAGAGCAAAAGGAGAAAGCGUAUAAAGGCCAAGGAUGAGGAUGGCUAUGAAACAGACCAUCAAUCUCCCCCCAACCAGGACUACUGUGAGGUAUGCCAGCAGGGAGGGGAGAUAAUCCUUUGUGACACCUGCCCCAAGGCAUACCACCUUGUGUGUCUGGAGCCAGAGUUGGAGGAGGCUCCAGAGGGCAAGUGGUCGUGCCCCACGUGCGAGGCAGAAGGGGUCAAGGAGGAAGAUGAACAUAUGGAAUAUUGCAAGGUUUGCAAGGUCAGUAAGCAUCAGGAUGGCGGGGAACUACUCUGCUGUGAUUCAUGCGUUAACGCUUAUCACACUUACUGUUUGUCACCACCACUGUACCAAGUCCCAGAAGGAGAGUGGACAUGUCAGCGUUGUGCUUGUGAGCCACUUCCAGGACGGGUGCAGAAGAUUCUUUUCUGGAGAUUUGUGGAUCCACCCAAGCCUCCAGAAAAUUGGAAGGAGAUCGUCGGUGACAAAGCUGAAAAAUACCAGUCAAAGCAGCUACGGGAAUUCUUGGUCAAAUGGGUGGAUAUGUCCUACUGGCACUGUUCAUGGAUUUCAGAGCUUAUGUUGGAUGUUUAUCAUCCUCAGAUGUUAAGAUCAUACUUUAAAAAGUUUGACCCCGACGAGCCUCCUAUUCCUGGUAUAGAUGACGAUGACGAGCUUGGCUCCCAGAGGCGGCACAAGAAAGAACCUGAUCCAAACUCUUUGGAAGAGAGAUAUUUCAAAUUUGGUAUAAAAUCUACCUGGUUGAAAAUUCAUCGUGUACUGAACCACCGUACAUUACGAGAUGGUACAACUCAAUACCUAGUUAAAUGGCGAGACUUGCCCUACGACCAGGCUACGUGGGAGGAUGAAGAUGAAGAAAUUGUUGGCCUAAAGACCGCCGUCGAGUUCUACCAUGAUCUGCGUGCUGCCUGCAAUGCUGAUGCUUGUAAUAAAAGCAAGAAAGGCAAGAAGAAGGGAAAAUCCCGAGCCAGGGAGCUUGGUGACGAAGACAGGGAACCUUCGUCGCCACGGCGCUACACUCCCCCUCCUGAGAAACCUAUUACGAACCUUAACAAGAAGUAUGAUAAGCAGCCAGAUUAUAUUGAUGGCACUGGACUCUCUCUCCAUGAAUAUCAGUUAGAGGGUGUCAAUUGGUUGAGAUACUCGUGGGGUCAAGGAACAGACACCAUUUUGGCUGAUGAGAUGGGUCUGGGAAAAACCAUUCAGACAAUUGCAUUCCUGUAUUCACUUUACAAGGAAGGUCAUUCUAAGGGACCCUUUCUUGUGGCUGUCCCCUUGUCCACUAUUAUAAAUUGGGAGCGUGAAUUUGAGAUGUGGGCUCCCGAUUUUUACGUUGUAACCUACGUGGGCGAUCGCGACUCUCGAACGAUGAUCCGUGAGCACGAGUUGUCAUUUGAGGAGGGGGCUGUUCGAAGUGCUUCGAAGGCAACUCGAAUCCGCACAAACAACGUAAAGUUUAAUGUGUUGUUAACAUCGUAUGAGAUGAUCUCAAUGGACCAGGCCUGCUUGGGCUCCUUGGAGUGGGCAUGUUUAGUUGUGGAUGAAGCGCACAGACUGAAGAGUAAUCAAUCAAAGUUUUUCCGUGUGUUGAAUCAGUACAACAUUGUUUACCGAUUAUUGUUGACUGGAACACCUCUGCAGAAUAAUUUGGAAGAACUUUUCCAUCUACUUAACUUCCUUUGUCCAGAGAAGUUUAGUGAUUUGGCAACUUUCCAAAAUGAAUUUGAAGACAUUGCCAAAGAGGACCAAAUUAAGAAGCUCCAUGACUUACUGGGACCCCACAUGCUCAGGAGGUUAAAAGUGGAUGUGUUAAAGAAUAUGCCAACGAAGUCAGAGUUCAUCAUUCGUGUUGAACUGUCACCUCUGCAAAAGAAAUACUACAAAUACAUCCUUACUCGCAACUUUGAGGCUCUAAACUCAAGGGGUGGUGGACAGCAGGUAUCUCUCCUUAACAUUGUGAUGGAUUUGAAGAAGUGUUGCAACCAUCCUUACCUGUUCCCAGCUGCUGCUGAAGAAGCCCCCAAAAUGCCUAAUGGAAUGUAUCUUACGAAAGAUUUAGUAAAAGCCAGUGGGAAGUUUAUAUUAUUGGAGAGCAUGUUGGAGAAGCUCAAGAGAGAUGGUCAUCGAGUGCUGAUAUUCUCCCAGAUGACCAAGAUGCUAGAUGUGCUGGAAGAUUUCUGUGAAGGUCUUGGCUACAAGUAUGAGAGAAUUGAUGGUGGUAUUACGGGCUUACUGCGCCAGGAAGCUAUUGACAGAUUCAAUGCCCCAGGUGCUCAACAGUUUAUGUUCUUGCUUUCUACUCGUGCUGGAGGUUUGGGAAUUAAUUUGGCCACGGCUGAUACUGUUAUCAUCUAUGAUUCUGAUUGGAACCCUCACAAUGACAUCCAGGCUUUCUCUCGCGCUCAUCGUAUCGGUCAGGCAAAUAAGGUCAUGAUCUACCGAUUUGUGACACGUAAUUCUGUGGAAGAACGUGUGACUCAGGUUGCCAAGAGGAAAAUGAUGUUAACUCACUUGGUUGUACGACCAGGCAUGGGUGGAUCAAAGUCUACAAAUUUCUCAAAACAGGAACUGGACGACAUCCUUAGGUUUGGUACUGAAGAACUCUUCAAGGAAGAGUUGGGAAAAGAAGAUGAAGCCAUCCACUAUGAUAACCAAGCCAUAGAGGAACUGCUUGAUCGUAGUAAAGAGGGCAUUGAGCAGAAAGAAAACUGGGCAAAUGAGUACCUUAGUUCAUUCAAAGUGGCUUCUUAUGUUACCAAGGAAGGAGAAGAGGAGGAAAUGGAAGAUGUUGAAGUGCUGAAACAAGAAGCGGAUAACACAGACUCUCAGUAUUGGGAGCGUCUCCUGAGGCACCACUUCGAGCAACAGCAGGAGGACCUGGCGCGCACUCUUGGAAAAGGCAAACGUGUUAGAAAACAGGUAAACUACAACGAUGCCGCAGAUGGCCGAGAGGACCUGACAUGGCAAGAACAAGGAUCAGACUACAAUUCUGACUUCUCCAUGCCAUCAGAUAAUGACAACGAUGAUGAGUUCGACGAGAAGAAUGAGAGUGAAGGAGGUCGUCGAUCACGUCGUCGUGUUGACCGUAAUGAUAGGGAUCGACCAUUGCCACCUCUUCUUGCCAGAGUUGGUGGAAACAUUGAGGUUCUUGGGUUCAAUGCUAGGCAGCGAAAGUCUUUCCUGAAUGCUGUCAUGCGCUACGGAAUGCCACCCCAAGAAGCCUUCAAUUCACAAUGGCUGGUUCGUGACCUACGAGGGAAGAGUGAAAAGUGUUUCCGAGCGUACACAUCUUUGUUUAUGCGUCACUUGUGUGAACCAGGCAAUGAUAAUGCAGAAACAUUUGCUGAUGGUGUACCCCGUGAAGGCUUAAGUCGUCAACACGUUCUUACCAGAAUUGGUGUCAUGUCUCUCAUACGGAAAAAGGUAUCUGAAUUUGAAACGAUUAAUGGUCACUACUCCAUGCCUGAAGCACUCACUAAGCCCCUAGAGCCUUUACCUGGAGAUGGGGGCAAGAGUAAUGGCACUUCUGCAUCUGGUACUCCAGCUACAAGUGUAACACCCUCUCCUGCUCCUUCAAUCAAGGGAGAAGUAGAGGAAAAGGAGGAUGAAAAGAAAGAUGAAAAGACAGAGGAAAAAGAAAAAACAGAAGUGAAGGAGAGUGAAAAGCAGGAGGGAACAGACAAAGAAGAAAAGAAAGAGGAACAAUCUUCUGAAACUGAAAAGAAAGAAAAAGAGGAAGAAAAUGGAGAUGCCGAGAAGGAAGAGGAGGCUGAAGUGAAGAAGGAAACGGAAGAAGGGGAAAAAGUUGAAAAGUCAGAGGAUGAAAAGAAAGAAGAACCUGAGAAGAUGGAAGUAGAGGAGAAAGAUGAAGAUAAGAAAGAUGAGAAAAAGGCAGAGGAAACGACAGUUGACGGGGAAGAAACUAAAGAUGGAAAGGCUAACGAAGAGAAGUCGGAGGAAGAUACAGCCACAUCAAAGACUGAAAAGGAGGAUAAGGAAGGCAACAAAGAUGUUGUAAAGGAGGAGGAUAAUAAGGAGAAAGACGAUGAUAAAGACAAAGAAAAAGACGGUGACAAAGAUGAGGAUAAAAAGGAAACUACGAAAAAGAAAGAAAUUGAACCAGUUUCCAAGAGAAAGUUCAUGUUUAACAUUGCCGACGGGGGCUUCACUGAGCUACACACCCUGUGGCAAAAUGAGGAAAAAGCAGCAGUGCCUGGCCGGGAAUGUGAAAUUUGGCACCGCAGACAUGAUUAUUGGCUACUUGCUGGCAUUGUAACUCACGGGUAUGGGCGCUGGCAAGAUAUUCAAAAUGAUAUUCGGUUUGCUAUCAUCAACGAACCAUUCAAGAUGGAUGUGGGCAAGGGAAAUUUCUUAGAAAUAAAGAAUAAAUUUUUAGCAAGAAGAUUCAAGCUUCUUGAGCAAGCUCUUGUGAUUGAGGAACAGCUAAGACGAGCAGCAUUCCUGAACCUGCAGCAAGAUCCCCACCACCCUGCGUGUACUCUAAAUGCUCGCUUUGCAGAGGUGGAGUGUUUGGCAGAGUCACACCAACACCUCAGCAAGGAGUCACUGGCUGGCAACAAACCUGCUAAUGCAGUGCUCAAUAAGGUGCUGAAUCAACUUGAGGAGCUGUUGUCCGAUAUGAAGUCUGACGUGACCCGACUGCCAGCGUCUCUAGCCCGGAUUCCCCCAGUGGCACAGCGCCUGCAGAUGUCCGAGCGUUCCAUCCUAUCUCGCCUAGCCUCUGGAGCCGGUAAUUUGGACAAGACCACUCAAGGGGCAGGUCAAGAGACAACCCCAUUUCCCGUGGGUUAUUCACCUGCAGGUCAACUCCAGUCCCUGGGUAACACCAACUUCGCCAACUUCCGACCCCAGUACUCGCUUCCCGGCGCUGCAACUGCCCCAGGUGUGCCAUCUGCUCAGGUCAGCCUUGCGAACUUAAGUGCCAGUCUACACAUGCUUGCUGCCUCCAACCCACUCUUGGACUCAAGCUUGCAGCAGCAACCACCUACCUCCCAUGCAGGCACCAUCUCUGCUGCAACACGAGCCUCGCUAUUACUGCAUCAGCAGCAGCAGCAGCAUCUUCAGCAGCAACAGUCACCCGACACCAAAAAUCUUAUCUAUUUGGAUUGAAGCUAGAAUUUGGCAUCAUUUUCAUUGAUGUCUUUAAAUUUUCUCCCUAACAAGGACCAGUCUUAGUCAUUCCGUGCAGUUUAGAGUUUUAUUUAUGAUUUUGUGUAAUCUCUUCAGUGUUAAUAAUGUGCUAGAUUUCAUAAGUGAUCUCAAAUAGAUCUUAGUAAAUUAAAUUUAUAUUGAGCAGAUUUCCCUACAAUCUUACUAUGAAGGUCUGUAAGAUUUUUAUGUAUUGCCACAGUGGUAAUAAAGAUACCAUAUGGCCAAAA